AUGGAGAAGCAUGAGUUGGCCGUGCACCUGGAGACGAGGCCCUUCUCUUGCGACGUGUGCUUUCGCGGCUUUUGUCAGAAGCAUCACAUGGAAAGACACAAGAAGCAUGUGCAUCUCAAGGAGAGGCUGCACAAAUGCGAGUAUUGUAGGGUGGAUUUUGCGAGGAAGGAGCACUUGCACAACCAUUGCCGCUCUAAACACGCCGGGCAGGAAAGGAUGAGCUGUCCAGUGUGUGGGGCGAAGACAGAGAGCGGGACGUUGGUGCGCCAUUUGCUAGGUAGGCAUGAGAUUGAGCAGGGGAAGGCUGUCGAGAUGGGGAUAUGGAAACCAGCCGAGAACAAGUCACGCGGGAGGAGGGCUAAAGUGCAGUUUUAGAGAGGUUUUUGCUUGGCCUUCCCUUCCGGUAGAUGACGGGUAUCAGAUGGUUCACUUUUUCUUUUUUUGUGGUCGAUGUUUUAGUUUUCUAGCCUGUUGUAAAAAUCCAUGCAGGCUUGUUACUGUGUGCACGGAAUCGAGAAACGACGGAAGACGCUGCACA